GGCGCGGGGGGGCCCCAGCCCCCGGCUCCCGGUCGGGCCCGCCUCCCCGGGCUGGUGGGUCCACAGCCAAUGAUUUCGGGGAGCAGCUGAAAAGAAAACACGGAGGGGAGCGGUCUCCGGGUCGGAGCGAGGCCGAGCAGGGCAGCGUCCCGUGGCACGAGCAGCCCGGAGAUAGGGAAAGGACCCCGUGGGCCCCAGGGUAGAUGUACCAGCAAUUUGGCCCGGGCCAGGAGGAGUUGCCCAGGACUUGGCGGGGCAGCCGAGGUUGUGCAGGAGGCGAUGCCAGGGCUGCAGCCUGGCACCCACCAAGGUCUCCCCCUGCUCACAGCUGGUGCAGCUGUGGGGGGAGUCUGUGGAAAUUAUGAAGUACCACGUUGCAAAUCUUAAGAGUAGGCUUCAGAUGCUGUAACUGAGCAGCACAGGGAACCAGAAUGACCCAUUCGUGAUCAGUUGUAUUGAAAGUCCUACCUUCAAGCCCCAUGUCAAGGUAUAUAACAGAAGUGGAAUUAUCUUGUCCUCACUGAGCAAGCAGCACUGUCCUCACAGGUACCUUUGCUGUGUCCUUGGACCCAAACCUCUAUAAGCUGGGAUCUGUGAGCAGGGUGAUGCUGAGCCAUUUCUCUUGGUAGAGUUUUCCCCAAGCCCACAUGCUCUUCAAGAUGAGGAUCUUCUCCAGAAGAUUCAUCUGAAAAAGUUAUAAGAAUUGAGAGCUCUGGCUACAGAUCUUUAGCUCAACUUAAUACUGUGUCUGUCUAGAAAAGAUGAAUCAGGAGAGCAACCCGAGCGAACUACCUGGUGGCCAGGACCCACUCCUAUUGCUGAAAACCCUUCAGUCUCUCUGGACAAAGAAAGAGAUGAAGCAGCUCAAGGAAGAAACCAGGCGGGGCUUUGCAGGUCUGGAAGACCCAUUGGCAGGGCUCUUGGACAUGCUGGAGAACAGCAGCGAUUGGAAGGGGAAAGGGCACUCCCUUGGGUAUUACAUCACCAAUGAGUUGCAGCUUUGGAUAAAGGAGCAUCCCUCUGUUCAGNAGACUGGUUUGAAGUUGAAGAAGCUCCAGGCCCGAGUGUUCAGAAUACUAGUCCAGUGCCAACCUAAUCUCAUUGAUCCACUUGUCAACAUUUAUCAGCUCCUUACAGCAGACCGGAGCUAUCUGCUUGGACACGUCAGUCACCUUUACUACAAUGGCAAGUACAAAGAGGCAGUCAUUCUGAGCAUAAAGCUAAGAUUGCAGCAGGAUCAAGACUUGGAGAAGAUGUGCACUCCACUGCUGCUUCAAGAUAAAACUAACUUAGUGGAGGCUUAUGUAGCAGAAGACCCCAAUCUUCAGUGCAAACUUUUACAGAUCCUGGAUGCGUGGCGUGAACCCAGUUUUAAUAUUAAAGACAUUGCAAGGCAGUAUCAAGGUUUGCUCAACUACAGACCAGAUAAAUUUAACCACAAAAUGUUGAGCAAGCUGGUCUUCAGGCUCCUUAAACAAUAUAACUUAGAUCCAGCUCUUUGUCCUAAUGUCAUCAAUCAGCAACACCUAGGAUCCCUGAAAUAUCUCUUCUACAAGAGGUUUGUUGAGAAAAGCAUGACUCAGGAGAACUGGACAGAUCAUGUUCAGAGCACCGUGGGGGACAAUCGGUGGCUACAAGAGCAGCUGAUCCGGCUCCUGGUCAGUUAUUGUGAUUUGAACACUGCAGCCAGGUGGGCUUUUCACUACAACUUCCCUAAGGAGAACCUGCCUUAUGGAGUGGCUGAUGAGCUUCAGAGACUCAAGAUCCAGGAGAGGGUAGAAGAUGCUGAGAGAACUGAUGAUUAUGAAGAGGACAGGAAGAAGAAUUAUUACCAGCUGCCCAUUCCCAGGGAGAACAUUCACUUCCUGCAGACAUGGGAAGAGAUGCAGCAGUGCAGGGAACAGGUGCUGCAGCCUGGCCAGGUGAUUGGCAUCGACAUGGAGUGGAGACCUUCGUUUGGCAGUGUGGGGAGGUCGCGUGUCUCCUUGCUUCAGCUCGCUGUCAAGGACCAGGUGUUCCUCUUGGAUCUGCUGCAGUUCCAGGAGGAGGCUGAGCAGGAGAAGCUUUCUCACUUUAUCCAGACACUCUUUUCAGACCCAGCCAUCACUAAGCUAGGUUAUGGGAUGUCUGGAGAUCUCACCAGCCUUGCUGCAACAUGCUCUACUUUUAAAAACCUGAACAGGGAGGUGCAAGGCACAGUGGACCUGUUCACAGUAGAUAAACAAUUACAGAAAUGCUUCAGAGACUGGAGGAAGGAUGUCCGGAAGGUCCAUGUACUGUCACAGGAGCAGAGCUGUGAGGACAGAGGGUUCAGGCAGGCAGAAAAAGGACUCAGCCUGCUGGUGCAGCAUGUCCUGGGAAAGCCUCUGGAUAAAACAGAGCAGCUGUCCAACUGGGAGAAACGGCCCCUUCGCAAGGAGCAGAUCCUCUAUGCAGCUUGUGAUGCAUACUGCUUGUUGGAAGUGUAUAGGAAGCUGUCUGAGGAUCCAGCAGCCUUUGGUCUGAGUUCAGACCUCGCUGAGUGCCUGGUGGAGAAACAAGCCACAAAAUCCAGGGCAAAGAAGCCGCUAAAUAAACAAAAAAUGCCAUCGACUUCCAAACAGCAGUCCAAAGGGGUUGUCAAGGAGGCCUCAAACCCCUCUCCCGUCAUCUCUCCCAAAGAGUUCAGUGUGGUCUGCGACAAUAUGCUGCAGGGACUUGGGCGCUACCUUCGCUGUCUUGGGGUGGAUGUCCGGAUGCUAGAGAAUGAUGAUGACCAUAGAAAAGCCGCUGAGAUUGCCCGGCAGGAAGGAAGGGUCAUUUUAACCUCUGGACUCCCAUAUCAGACGCUGCAGUCCCAGGUAGGAGAAGGGAGAUGUUUCUCUGUGAACUGUUCAGAAAAAGCAAGGGAGCAGGCCCUACAAGUUCUGAAACACUUCAAUGUUCAAGUGGCUCUGGCAGAUAUCUUCAGUCGCUGUCAGAAGAUGGGGCUGCCAGUUUCCAAGCUCCCACUGCAAGCUGACUCUAGGGACAGGUGUCUCUCACCCCAGCUUUUCCUUUGCUCCACCCUUCAUGUGGCUCCUGAUACAGCCCAGGUGUGCAACUGUGACAAAUACAUGAAGAUCUCCAAAGAGAAAAUGAGGCAAUUGAUGCAACUGGGUGGAUAUUUAACUGAGGGAGAUGAUGCAGGCUGCCUGGCAAGCACUGAAAAGAAACCAGAGAUGCACGCAGAGGCCACUGUCCCAGAAUCUGACUCUCCACAGCUGGUUUACAACCCAAACUGGCAGUGGCUGGAGGAGUCGGGUCUCAACAUGGAGUCUCUGACACUGGCCAACGGCACCGCCCUGCAGCUGGGAACCAUCCCAGUCAAGAUGCUGGACAAAGCGGAUCCAUCUUAUUUCUACUGCUGCAGCCAAUGCGGGAAGGUGUUCUGGGAGGGGUCACACUUCGGCUGCGUGGUCUCUCAGUUUAAGGAUAUUUUGGUUGCCACAAAGGAAAAUCCCAGCUUCUAUGAGCUGAGCUGAGGGGAAGGAUUCCUGGCUCAGGGCAAACUACAGAGGAAAGAGCUGGGAAUCUCAGGUGGGAUCCUCGUCCCCUGAUGGGUCACAGCAGCUAGCAGAAGAAAUGGACUUUGAUUUGAGGUUGAAGAUUAGGAGUUUGGCUGAUGGGGGAAGCUGUGUUUUGGAGGUGGUGGCAAAGGGCACUCUGUUACCUAGGGCCUUUCUGUGUGUGUACUGUAACAGGGCCAGUGGGAUGUAACAGCCUUCUCCGAGAUCAUUAAAUCAGAUGUUCAGGGAA